UUUAGUGACACGUUUUUGCUCCAAAUGCAGAAAUACAUUCAGAUUGCUUAUUGGAUUGAAAACUAAAGGCUUUUGUAAUUAAAGGAAUCGACAAAAGAAUGUUUCAUCUCCUUUGGGCGAGUCUGAUUUUCCCUUUGAUAAGCAUCGGUUCUUCUGCAGGUUCUUCAGUCUUGGGACAACCAUCCUGUUUUAAUGGAUUCUGCAUCUCUGUCAGUGAUGAAAAAAUCACAGCAGAAUCAGGACUUUGUGUUGUGAUUCCGUGUUCUUUCCAGACUCCUUAUUACUUCGUUCCUCAACAUUUGGUUUGGUUUAAAUGUGAAUCUGACCAAAGAUGCAGUGACUCUAAUAUAAUCUUCCACACCAACAAAAACACCAACAAACCCCUUAAAUCAGAAUUUCUAGGAAGAGUAUCACUCCUGGAUCCUGAUCUGAAUCAGAACUGUAGCAUCAUGAUCAGUGAUAUGAGAGAGUCUGAUUCUGGAUUCUAUCAGCUCAGAGUAAACGGAUAUAUCGGCAGGGAGUCGGAUGGAUUUACAUUUGGUAAAAGAAGACGGGUCGAUGUUGGAGGUUCCAGGCAGAAACCUACAGUGACUCUUCCUGAUUUGACGGUGGGACAUCAGGCCACCCUGACCUGCACUGCUCCUGCCCUCUGCUCUAAGUCUCCUCCUGGAAUCACCUGGAUGUGGAGAGGAGCAGCAGAAAAUGACCCUCUCACCAACGGAAGCAUCACUGCCUUCAAGGAGAGUUUGACUGCUGUCACACAGAGACACCACUCAACUCUGACCUUCAUUCCCACGACUGAACACCACAACUCCAAGAUCACCUGCAGGAUCCAGUUCAGUGAUGACACCACCACAGAGAAGACGGUGAAUCUGCACGUCAACUAUGUUAAAAUCACAGGAAAUACAGAUUUGAAAGAGGGCAUGACUCUAAACCUCAUCUGCACCACAACAAGUGUGACACCUGCAGAAAUCCGAUGGAUUAGAUUUGGAUCAAAAACAGAUCAGUUGAACAGAACUUCAGCUGGUCUGCCCAACAACACUGCCAUCUACCUGCAGGAGGACAGAAGCACUCUGCUCAUUUUUAAUGUGACUGCAGAGGACGCUGGACUGUACAUCUGCACAUCAAAGCAUCUGAACAACACAAUCAAGGAUGAAGUCAAUGUGACAGUGAUGUAUGCAAGAAAACCUCAGAUAUCUGGGAAGGUGAUUGUAAAGGAAGGAGAAGUUUUGAAUCUGACCUGCAGUGUUGACAGUUUCCCUCCUGCUGUGUGGACUGGACUUUGGUCGAACCUGCACAAUGGAUCUGACCACAAUGGAUCAGCCACCCUCAUCGUCACCAAUGUGACAGCAGAGGAUUCUGGGCGCUACUUCUGUGCUGUAAAUCACCAGAACUGGACUGAGACGGUUCACGUGGAUGUGACGGUGAUGCUGGAAGGCUCUGCAUGUGUGCGCCGCUCAGACGUCCUGACCUGCACCUGCAUCGGUACAGGGUUUCCUCUACCCAACAUAAAGUGGGCCCAGUUGAGCCCCCCCACUGUGUACUGGCUCACCACCAAUGUGUCAGGUCACACUGUGAGGAGCUCUUUGACUCUAAAGGCAACAAAUCAGGACAACGUGUCUGCAGAAUGUGUCAUCAGCAAUGAGAGUGGAGAGUCAACAGAAAAACUCACAAUUCAAGACAUCCUCUUUGAAAAAGAUGGAGAUCAAUCUGGAAGUAUUUCAGAGAAAACAGUCAAACCAGAAACCAUCAUCGCCUUUCUGAUUGGAGUUUUGACAUCAACCAUAUUUUGCAUUUUGAUCAUAGGUUGCUACAGAAAAAAGCUGAAGAGGUUUGAGAAUCUGGUGGAGAUGGUUGGCAGUCAGGACAAUCCUCUGAUCCACGAUGGUCUCACAGUGGCAGAGGAUCCAAACUGCUUCCCAGAAGGAGCUGAGAAUGAAGCUGUGUCUACAGGAGAAGCAGCUCCUAAACUCAGAAGUGGUUCUGGAGAUGUGGAGUACGCCAGCAUUGAUUUCUCUCUGCUGAAGAGGAGGGAGCGAACUCAGGAGCUGCAGACAGCAGCCACAGAAUAUGCUGAGGUUAAAGUGAAAAAGGAGGGGAAACAUGCCGCUGGAGAGGCGGAAGCCAUGAUGGAGGAGGAUGACAAAACUCUACUCUGUGUGUCAAAAAAGAAGGAUGAAGAGGAAGAGGCGGUGUACUCCUCAGUAAAUGAUUUAAUGGAUGAAAUUUGAGGGCAGACUGUAAGGUGGCAUAGUGGUCAGCAGCCUCACUUCAGUGGUUCAAAUCCUGGCUGUGACCUUUCUGUAGCUGCAUCUCCAUUACAAAUACACACAAAACUUUAUCAAAAUCCUCAAACUGUUGAAAAAAACACAAUUUCACAAUUACACUGAUUCCAUUAAAUCAUAACUAUACAAAUAAACUCAAACCAACUCAGGCAAUUGGUCAUUCACUACCAUGAGAAUGGAUGUGAACAGUACUUUGAUUUACAGCAGAUACACCCACACACCUACAGUCCUGACUAGAACUCAGGAGUGAAUUUCCCUCUGGAGAAAACAUGUCCUCGGAAAUGACAGGCUUUUUGAUUUUGGGUAAAAAUCUUAAUUAAAAACCACUGGAAAUGCUUUAAAAAUGGAUCAAGAGAUUAUCAGAGCGGGACUUUAAAUUAGUCACCGUUGUGUAAAGUAUUGGUUGAAUAAGAACAUGUUUUCCAAAUGAGUAUUUUUAUUUCAAGUGAGUAGAUGAAAUGGAACAUUGACAACAUUUAAGUUCCUUUUUAGAAAAAGAGAUAUUUGUCUUGGGCUGUGCCAGUAAACUUCCUCAAAAAAAUAAAAUGGUGAAGAGAGAAAGGGCUGAUAAAAAAGACUUGCAUUACUUCUCUAAUUCCUGUUUGCCUUAACUUCAGUUUUGAAGAUUUCUCUCGGAGACUUUAGUGGAAAUACUUUUCCUGUUUAAAGCUUUUUUUAAAGUUUUACAGACUUGUAUUUUUGCUCCAAAUGCAGAAAUACAUUCAGAUCGCUAAUUGGAUUGAAAACUAAAGACUUUUAUUA